AUGCCUGAAGCAAAUCUGCCAGCGGAGCCUAAUCUGCGAGUCACAAUCAUCGCGGCUGAUGGCCUGUACAAAAGAGAUGUCUUCAGAUUUCCCGAUCCUUUUGCCGUCGCAACCAUCUCGGGAGAACAGACGAAGACAACUUCAGUCAUCAGGAAGACAUUGAAUCCCUACUGGAACGAAGUCUUUGACAUGAGAGUCACAGAGGACAGCAUACUGGCGAUUCAAAUCUUCGACCAAAAGAAGUUCAAGAAGAAGGAUCAGGGCUUCCUCGGUGUCAUCAAUAUCCGCAUUGGCGAUGUAAUUGACUUGGAAAUGGGAGGAGACGAGAUGCUUACGAAGGAUCUUAAGAAGUCCACCGACAACCUCGUCGUCCACGGGAAAUUGAUCGUGAAUCUGUCUACCAAUCUUUCCAGCCCUCCGCCUCAACAAAACCGACCUCCUCCAAGUACCGCUUCUAGCGUGAGCGGUUCAAAUCCUUAUGCCGGCAGCUCUACCAAUGUUCAUCAACCGAUGCCGGUUCGCUCGAGAAGCCCGGCGUCACGGACUGCAACUUCGGGCUCAGGGGAAGCGAGAUCAUCUAACGCUGCUGUGAAUGGAAAUAGUACGCAACCCCAACCCAACGGAACUGGCGCUGGGAGGUCUGGAGGCUUCAGUUCUUUCGAAGAUAGUCAAGGUCGAUUGCCAGCCGGCUGGGAGCGCAGAGAAGACAACCUGGGCAGGACUUACUAUGUUGAUCAUAACACCAGAACCACCACCUGGACGAGACCUUCCAACCACAUGAGCGAGACUGAAGCACGAAACCGCGUCGAGGCCAACAUGCAGAUGGAACGUACGCGACACCAAAACCGUAUGCUGCCCGAGGACCGUACAGGUGCCAAUUCUCCCAACUUGCAGGAAUCUCGAGGUUCGCCUCAGCAACCGAACGCAGUGUCAAUGAUGGCUACAGGGGCAACAACUGCAGGGACUGGCGAGCUUCCCGCUGGCUGGGAACAGAGGCACACUCCUGAAGGGCGAGCUUACUUUGUUGACCACAAUACCCGGACCACCACCUGGGUGGACCCUAGAAGGCAACAAUACAUCAGAAUGUACGGCAACAAUCCGUCUGGAAACAACACCACUAUCCAACAGCAGCCAGUAUCGCAAUUGGGACCAUUGCCUAGUGGGUGGGAAAUGCGAUUGACCAACACAGCCCGUGUGUAUUUCGUUGAUCACAACACCAAGACCACAACGUGGGACGACCCCAGACUGCCAUCAUCCUUGGACCAAGGUGUCCCACAGUACAAGCGUGAUUUCAGACGGAAGCUGAUCUACUUCCGUUCGCAACCUGCUUUGAGAAUCCUCUCUGGCCAAUGCCACAUCAAAGUUCGCCGUGGCGCUAUUUUCGAGGACUCUUAUGCUGAAAUCAUGCGCCAAAGCGCGACUGAUCUCAAGAAACGACUAAUGAUCAAAUUCGACGGAGAAGACGGGCUAGAUUAUGGUGGCCUCUCUCGCGAAUUCUUCUUCCUUCUCUCGCAUGAAAUGUUCAAUCCGUUCUACUGUCUAUUCGAAUACUCUGCGCACGACAACUAUACACUACAAAUCAAUCCUCAUUCCGGUAUCAACCCAGAGCAUCUUAACUACUUCAAAUUCAUUGGACGAGUGGUUGGUCUUGCCAUCUUCCACCGUCGGUUCCUAGACUCCUUCUUCAUUGGAGCUUUUUACAAGAUGAUGCUACGAAAGAAAGUUGCCAUUAACGAUAUGGAGGGCGUGGAUGAAGAAUACCACAAGAACUUGACUUGGAUGCUUGAAAACGAUAUCACUGAUGUCCUUGAUCAAACCUUCUCCAUUGAGGAUGAGCAAUUCGGCGAAACAAAGACGAUUGAUCUGAAACCUGGUGGCCGAGAUAUUGCAGUCACGAACGAGAACAAGAGAGAAUAUGUCGAACUCCUCACAGAGUGGAAGAUCCAGAAGCGAGUCGAAGAACAAUUCAAUGCCUUCAUCACCGGCUUCAACGAACUUAUCCCCGCUGAUCUCGUGAAUGUCUUUGACGAGCGCGAACUCGAGCUUUUGAUCGGCGGUAUCGCCGACAUUGACGUGGAUGACUGGAAGAAACACACCGACUACCGCGGAUACCAGGAACAAGACGAAGUGAUCCAAAACUUCUGGAAGGUAAUUCGAUCUUGGGAUGCCGAGCAAAAGUCUCGAUUGUUGCAGUUCGCCACAGGCACCAGUCGCAUUCCUGUCAAUGGGUUCAAGGAUUUGCAAGGUAGCGACGGCCCUAGAAGGUUUACCAUUGAGAAGGCCGGUGAAGUUAACGCGUUACCGAAGAGUCAUACUUGCUUCAAUCGCCUCGAUCUUCCGCCCUACAAGACCUACGACGCCCUUCAGAGCAAACUCUCCACUGCAGUCGAAGAAACGCUUGGCUUCGGCCAAGAAUAG